AUGAACAAUAUAAUAAACAAAAUUGACCCUAAUUUACAAAAGAAAGAAAAGGGUUAUAUAAAUAUUAAUUUCAAUUUUAACGAAACAAAAAACGGUAUGGAAAAAAUAUCUUAUACCCAUAAAAAUGAGAUAUCUGAUAAAAUUGUACAUAAUCAAGAUUUAUCAGAUAAUAUUCAUUACAUAAAUAAUUAUUUAACUAGCAUUUUUGAUUUGGGAAAACGUGAAGAAUCGUGGGAUAACCUUUUUUAUGGAAAUAAUAUAAAAAAAGAAGGAAAUAAAAUGGAAGAUGAUCAAAAUAAUACACUAUUAUUACGAGGUCCCACCAAAAAUUAUAAUUUGAACACUGAAAUGAAACUGGAUGAUACAUAUGAAUUUGAGAUAUCUGAACAUGAGAAUGAAAAGAAAAAAUUCGAUUAUAUAAAUAAUACAUUAAAUACAAAACAUUCAGAAAAUAUAGAUAAUGUAGAAAAUGUAGAAAAUAUGAAAAAUAUGGGAAAUUCUCAGAAUGAUGAAUUUUUAUAUAAUGAAUUUAUUUCCAGUGUAUCCCCAAAUAUAGAAUUGAAAAAAGCAAAUACAACAGUUGUUAAUAAUCUGAAUAAAGAAGAUGUUUUAAAAAAUGGAAAUAUGUUUCAUGAUUUUCAUUCAUUUAAUAAGAACAAUUUUUUUGAUGAAUGGUGUUUUAGAAGAAAUCAAGAAAUUGAUAAAAUACCAAAAAAUGAAAAUUUAGAACAUUCUAUAAAAGAGAUAUGCGAAAAAACAGAUGAUCCUUUUUUUAAUGAGAAUUAUAUAAACAUUCAGAGCAAUUAUACAAACCAUACGAUCGAUAAUAUUUUAGAAGAGAAUGAAAAUGAAAACAUGCUAUUUUUAUUGAAUGAGAAAAAUAAUAUUCAAGAAAUUAUAGAUUCAAGCAAUAAAUGCAAAAAUAUGCUUCAUAUGAAAAGAGAGAAUAUUUCAAAAAAUGAUCAAAAUGUGUAUGAUAAUUUUGUUAUAUAUAAUAAGAAUAUAUUAGAUAACAAUUCAAAUAUGAACAUUUCUAAUGGGAAGAAUUUUAAUGAAUCUCAAAAAUUAGACAUGCAAAAUGAAGAUAUAAAACUUAUUCAGUUGAUGAAUAAAAUGUUGCAAGAAAAUGAAAAAACUGAUACAAAUUUUAAGAAUGCUUUUAAUUAUCCAAAUAUUUCUAAAUUGCAUGUAGAUAAUAAAAAGGAGUUGGAUGAGCAAAAUGGGCAAUUAUAUCAGAAUAAUUGUAAUUUAAAUAGUAAUAUGGAUAUAUAUCAUAAUAUUGGGGAAUAUACUAACUUAGGGAUAUAUAAUACCAAUGUUAAUAUUGCUAAAGGAAAUGAUGAUAUAUUAAAAUGCUCUAAUUCUGACAAUGUGUGGGAAGAAAAUAUAAAAAUAUUGGAUUCAAUAAGUAUGGAGUAUUCUAAAAAUGUUAAGCAUUGUCCUUCAAACAAUGAAGAUAUUAAGCAAAUAUAUAAAAAUGAUGAUAAUGGAACGAACAUAUUAUUGGAGACUUUGAAAAGCAAAAUAAAGUUAUUAUUAGAAAAUGAAAAGGAUGAUAAUUUAUUAAGUCAAAAUAUUAUACGAAUUCUAGAUGAUUAUAAUAAGAAAAAAGACGCUUAUAUAGAUAAGAAAAAUAGUAGCGAUUUUAAAAAUAAUAAUUGUCUUAAUAAUAAUAGUGGAAAUUUUAGUAAGGAUUAUAUGUCAAAUGUGAAUUCUAACAUGGUGAAGUCAAAUAUUACAAAUAUACAACAUGGUAUAGAAUUAAAUCAUAAUUACGAAGAGAAUGAUAUGAAAAAAAAGGCGAAUGAUAAUAAUAUUUUAUGUGGGGGAAAUAUGUAUGACAGUUUAAUGUUAUAUAACAAUUCUGAUAAACCAAAUAUGCCUAAUAAUAAUAAUAAUAGUAAUCAUAGUAAUGGUAAUAAUUUGAAGGGCUCGUUGUUAGAUGCUUAUGUUAUUGAUGAUAAUGUGAAGCUAAAAAAUGGAAUAUUAGGAAAUCCAUACAAUAUGGAAUAUUCUCCCAAGUGUGUUGAAGGAUGUGUAGAUGUGGAGAAACGAAAAAAAUUAAAGCUUGCAGAAUUGUGGAAAUCUAACUCUGGAGGUGCAAAACCUGAGACAAAGCUGAAUACAAAUAAUAUUCAUAUUGUUAACAACAAUAAUAAUAAUUAUAAUAAUAAUAAUAAUAAUAAUUAUAAUAAUAAUAAUAAUUAUAAUAAUAAUAAUAAUUAUAAUGGUAGUGGUUUUAUUCUAGGGAAAGAAACAAAACAUGAACCUACAAUGGAGAUGCACACAAUUGGAAAGCCUUUUUACGACAUAGAUAAAAGAGCUCAUUUAAAGGAGGCAUACAUUAAAUUAUUGGGGAACGAAAAUGUAUAUGAAACAAAAAAAAAUUAUCAUUGUAAUGUUACUAAACAAAUUGAGAAUGUACCUAAGAUAAGGAAUGCAAAAGGUUACAAUGAUUUAUUUAUGAAAAUAGAAAACCUAAAUGAAUUAAAUUUAGAAACAUGUUAUAAGGAUGAACAGAAUAGAUAUCCUGAUAGGAAAAAACUAGAAUUCAUGAAUGAAAAGAAGUCUGAAGAAUUCAUAAAAAUGAAAAAGGGGAAUAGUAUCCCUUAUGAUGAAGCUUUUAAUUUUUUGUGUGGAUAUAUAGGAAAAAAUAUUAAUGAUUAUAAGACAUAUGAUGAUGAUUUUAACAAUAUGGAUAUAUAUAAUAAUAAUAAUAUGAAUAAUAAUAUUAAUAUGAAUAAUAAUAGUAAUGUUCAUAGUAAUAAUUACAAUAAUAUUCAUAGUAGUAAUUAUGUUAAUAAUUAUGUUAAUAAUUAUGGUAAUAUUCAUAGUAAUAAUUAUAGUAACAAUUAUAGUAAUAUUCAUAGUAAUAAUAAUUCUUCUUAUUAUAAUAAUUUAAAUGAUUCUAUAAAAAAUGAAGAAAAAAAAGAUGUAAUGUUUAAUGAAAAUAUAAAUAAUAACGAAUCAUGGGGCUUUGACAAAGACGGAAGUUAUAAGUAUUUAAAAAAUAAUAAGUUUGAAAGCGAUAAAUAUAAUGGAUAUAUAAUUAAAAGAGAGGAAGAAGAUAGUUGUCUUAAAAGUAAGAGUUUGUGUUUUAAUAAAUAUAAAAGGGAACAUGGGAGUUAUCAUAAAGGUAGUGAUCUCUUUUUAUAUAAGAAUGAAUCAGUGUUCGGCAAAAGAAUUGACAACAACAAUAAUAAUAAUAAUAAUAAAAAUAAUAAUAAUAAAAAUGAAAAUAAUAAUAAAAAUAAUAACAACAACAAUAACAACAAUAACAACAACAAUAAUAAUAAUAAUUAUAGUAGUAGUAGUAGUGCUUUUAAUUUUUCAAGUAGAAAAAAAGAAUCUCCUUUUCUUUCCUUUCAUAAAGGUGGGAAAGACGUAAAUGAUAAAGAUAGUAUUAAUAAUGUAUCUAGUAUGAAUAUGUAUAAUAACAAUACAUUUUUUAUAAAAAGUAGAUGUAGCAAUGAUUAUGAAAAUACAAAAGUUGUCGAAGAGGUAAAAGAGGAAAUAUGUAAAGGAAGAGAGAAGAAUGGGAAUAAUAAAAAUGAUAUGGAUAACAAUUUGAAAAAUAAAAGUAUGAUAUCUAAUUUAAAAAUGAAAAAGAAACAAAGUACAGAUAUAAUAAAAGAAUUAAGUAGUGAAGAACUAAAAUCGUUAUUAACAGAAGAAGAUGAAAAUAGUAUGGAGAUAUUAUUAGAAUCUCUUUAUGAAGACAGGAUAUUACCAUUAUUAUUUAAUAUAAAAGGUAGGGCAGAUGAAUAUGAAUAUAGAGAAAUAUUAAGAAAUAAUAUAAAAGCAGCAUAUAGCUUAUAUCCAGAGAAAUAUAUAAUAAAAAGGAAUGAAAGUGGUGAUGAUUAUAUAAUAUAUUUUACAAACAAGAAAGUAUCAGAGGAUUAUUUUAUGUCUAUAAAUAAUUUAAAAGAUAUAUAUAGUUCAACUUUAUGGAAGCAAUUUGAAGAGUAUUUGGAUGAAAUAUCUAAAUCAGAGGAUGCAACCUUAUAUACAUUUACAGGAGGAAGAUAUGGUAUGGCAAAAGAAUUAAAAAAAAGAAAUCUUCCAUUUUUUGAAGGUUUAUUUCUGGGUCAACUUUGUCAUAUUGUUCAUAUAAGUACAAACAAAAAAAUAAUAGCAUAUGAAAACAAUUAUUUAAAGCCUAUAUCUCAAUGUCAUAAGUAUACAAGUGCAAAGAAGGGUAUUAUAAAUGGAAGUGAAAAGAAUGUAGAAAAUUACAUAAUGACUAUUAGUGAGUUGAGACAUUAUAUGAAUAAGCUUUUGAAAUAUUAUAAGGGUGGUUUUAAUAUAUCAACAUUGAAGAAAAAAUUAAAAAAUAGAUUUAACAAGCAAAUAUGUGAGAGUGUCUUUCAUUGUAUUAAAUUGAUUGAGGUAUUACAAUUAGAGGAAUUAAAGGAUGUAUGUGUGGUUGAUAUGGACACUAAAAUAGUUAGGAGUGUUACUGAUUCGAUGUAG